GUGCGCGGGAGGCGAAGGUUCUGCUCUCCGUCCUGCGGUGUGCUCAAUGGAGCGGCAGACACUGCAGGGCUACACUGUGUGACUAGGAUAGGACCAGGGCUCGUCCGAUCACUGCCGCGAUGAAGUAUAAGAAUCUUAUGGCAAGGGCCUUAUAUGACAAUGUCCCCGAGUGUGCUGAGGAGCUGGCCUUCCGAAAAGGAGACAUCUUAACUGUCAUAGAGCAGAACACUGGAGGACUAGAGGGAUGGUGGCUGUGUUCCCUACAUGGUCGCCAAGGAAUUGUCCCAGGCAACCGGGUGAAACUUCUCAUUGGUCCAGUGCAGGAGACCUCCAGUCAUGAGCAGCCUACUCCUGGACCCAUGCAUCAGACCUUUGGGCAACAGAAACUAUAUCAAGUACCAAAUUCACAGGCAGCAUCUCGUGAUACCAUCUACCAAGUGCCACCAUCCUACCAGAAUCAAGGAAUUUACCAAGUACCCACUGGCCAUGGUACCCCAGAACCAGAUGUGUAUCAAGUACCACCAUCAGUUCAGAGAAACAUUGGAGGCACUAAUGGGCCCCAUCUGGGCAAAAAGGUGAUCACCCCAGUGAGGACAGGCCAUGGCUAUGUGUACGAGUACCCAACCAGAUACCAAAAGGAUGUCUACGAUGUCCCUCCUUCCCACACUGCUCAAGGGGUAUAUGACAUCCCUCCUUCAUCAGUGAAAGGCCCUGUGUUUUCAGUACCAGUGGGAGAGAUAAAACCUCAAGGGGUAUAUGACAUCCCCCCUACUCAAGGGGUCUAUGCCAUUCCACCAUCAGCUUAUCGAGAUGAAGCAGGGCUUAGGGAAAAGGAAUAUGACUUCCCUUCUCCAAUGAAACAAGAUGGAAGACCAGACACUAGACCUGAGGGGGUUUAUGACAUCCCUCCAACCAGCACCAAGACAGCGGGGAAGGACCUUCACUCCAAAUUCACCUGUGAUGCCCCAGGAGCUGCAGAGCCAAUGGCACGAAGACACCAGAACCUUUCUCUGCAUCAUCCUCCCUCUCAGCUGGGCCAGUCUGGGGGAACUCCGAGUGAUGCUUAUGAUGUCCCCCGGGGAGUUCAGUUUCUGGAGGCACCCACAGAAACCAGUGAAAAGGCAAAUCUGGAGGAAAGAGAUGGUGUUUACGAUGUUCCUCUGCACAACCCAGCAGAUGGCAAAGGCUCUCGGGAUGUGGUAGACGGCAUCAACCGGCUGUCUUUCUCCAGCACCGGAAGUACCAGGAGUAACAUGUCCACAUCUUCCACCUCCUCAAAGGAGUCCUCAUUGUCAGCCUCCCCAUCUCAGGACAAAAGGCUCCUACUGGACCCAGACACAGCCAUUGAAAAACUCUAUCGGCUCCAGCAGACCCUGGAGAUGGGUGUCUGCAGCCUCACGUCACUCGUCACCACAGACUGGCGGUGUUACGGAUACAUGGAAAGACACAUCAAUGAGAUCCGUACCGCAGUGGACAAGGUGGAGCUGUUUUUACGCGAAUACCUCCAUUUUGCCAGGGGAGCUUUGGCUAAUGCCUCCUGCCUCCCGGAACUGGUCCUCCACACCAAAAUGAAGCGCGAACUCCAAAGAGUCGAAGAUUCGCACCAGAUUCUAAGUCAAACCAGCCAUGAUCUGAAUGAAUGCAGCUGGUCCCUGAAUGUCCUAGCUAUCAAUAAGCCUCAAAAUAAAUGCGAUGAUCUGGACCGGUUUGUGAUGGUAGCCAAGACAGUACCAGAUGAUGCCAAGCAACUGACCACCACCAUCAGCACCUAUGCAGAGACCCUCUUUAGAGCAGCAGGUCCUGGCAGUUCCCAUCUGAAGAAUGGGCCCGACAGCAUCACGAACUCAAGCGAGUACACGCACACGGGGUCCCAGAUGCAGCCAUUGCGCCCUGGUGACUACAAGGCCCAGGUCCACAAUAAGCCAUUGCCUCCCACUCUAGGCAAGGAGCAGCCACCAGACUGUAGUAGCAGUGAUGGUUCCGAAAGGAGUUGGAUGGAUGAUUAUGAUUAUGUCCACCUACAGGGCAAGGAGGAGUUCGAGAGACAGCAGAAGGAGCUCUUGGAGAAAGAGAAUAUCAUCAAGCAGAGCAAGGCCCAGCUGGAGCAUCAUCAGUUGAGUCAGUUCCAGCUGCUGGAACAAGAGAUCACCAAGCCUGUGGAGAAUGACAUCUCUAAGUGGAAGCCCUCCCAGACCCUCCCAACCACAAACAACAGUGUGGGCGCCCAGGAUAGGCAGUUGCUAUGUUUCUACUAUGACCAAUGCGAGACCCAUUUCAUAUCCCUUCUCAACGCCAUCGACGCCCUCUUCAACUGUGUCAGCUCCGCCCAGCCCCCACGGAUCUUUGUGGCCCACAGCAAGUUUGUCAUUCUCAGUGCGCACAAACUGGUAUUCAUUGGAGACACUCUGACAAGGCAGGUGGCUGCCCAGGACAUUCGAAAUAAAGUCAGGAACUCCAGCAACCAGCUCUGUGAACAGCUCAAGACGAUAGUGAUGGCAACCAAGAUGGCUGCCCUCCACUACCCCAGCACUACCGCCUUGCAGGAGAUGGUGCAUCAAGUAACAGACUUGUCCAGAAAUGCUCAGCUGUUCAAGCGUUCCUUGCUGGAGAUGGCCACCUUCUGAGAAAAAAUGGAGGUGGAAGGGACUGGGUGAAUAAUUACUAAAGAAAACUGGAAAUACGAUCUGGUUUUUGUAAAUGUUAUCUAUUUUUGUAGAUAUUUUAUAUGAAAAUGAAAUAUUUUAACAUUUUGUGAGUUAGUUGAUUUUCAUCAAUUCAGGGAGCUGGUGUGGGAAAUCUUUUUUUUUUCCCCUGUGUGGUUCUUAUAUAUACAUAUGAGUAUCUAAAACAUAGCUGUACAGUAAUGUGUCCAUGUUUGUCUAUGCCUAUGUAUCCAUAUUUGUCUGUAGAUAUGUGUCUGAUACAUUCCAUUGAAAACCUGAAUUAAGAAGCACCUUAGUAAGCGCCUCCUAAUGCUGCAUUGUUUGGGUUUUGUAGAAAAUUAUACCAGUUGGUUGUAAUAUUGCUCUGCAUGUACCAGUAGCGAUCUGAACACAGCACACCCAAAUCUGGAACUCACAGUAUAUUUGCCAAGUGUUCACCUCCCACAUAACAAGUCAUGGUAUGGCUUAGUGUUGUCUGAAACCUUUUUCAAACUUGACUGUCUUUAACAUGGUGGUAAAAGAUUCCACUUUGGUUGAAAAGUCUAAGGGAAGGGGGGAGGAGGGGGGAGAGAGAGUGUCAAAAAGAAUACAUUAACCUAAAUAAACUAAGGCCCAGUGUUUCAGGUGCUAGAGAGAGGUGAGCGACGUGUGUCCUGGACUAGGAGACUGUCUACAGCUGUGAUUAUGCUGUCUCAACUCAGAAAGGAAGCUACGAAAAAGAGAGAACACUUGUUUCCCUGGGGCUGCAUUUGUGAGUGAUUCAGCCACUAGGUUUUCUAAAGGGUGUUUUUAGAGUUGAGUUUUAAAAAGAAAUGCAAUAGGAAUUCAUGAAGCUAAUAUCAGACUGUAGUUGUGGACAAAAUGAAGCAAUUAAUGACUACCAGUCAUUAAAUGACGGUCUCUCUGAGGGUUUGCUACCCUCAUUAUCCAAAGGAAAAUGGCCAGCUCCUUCGUCACUAAACUUCCUGCUGUCUUAUUGCUUGGUGUAUCCUGCGCACUUUUAAAACUUACAUGUCAGUCCCAACACUCAACACAGUUGCAGAGAUCUGAUCUUCACAUCCCCCUGUGGCCAUGGACCUUGUGGUAAGUCACAUCACCGUGUGACAGCUAGUCAGUCACAGCAUCAAUCCUGCAAUCUGUCUCUUCUGUAUGGCUACAGCACAGGCACCAGGGUGGCCAGACUCACCAUUGGCAGAUGAACUAUUCCCCUAUUUCUUUAUGACCAAGUCAAGAAAUGUGAUUCUUGUAGUCUCUGUCCAUGGAAAUUAUUUCCUUCUGGCCUAUUUGGAGAUGUGUUUUUAUUUGUUAUAUGUGUCUUGACUGAAUUAAUGUUACUUGUUUUAAACACCAAAUUAUAAAUGCAGGGAGGGGCUUAGGAAGAACUUGUGAUCUCAGUGUGAUUUUUUUUUUUUAAUCAGUGGAAGUUUUCAAAGAGAAAAUGGUGCUUUUUAAAACAAACCACAACUGCAGUUCUCAAAGUUCUGCGCUGCCAGAAGAUGAACAGCUGAGCUGUUGGACCACAAUUGACUUGAUCUGGAGGAAGGGGGUCCUGGAGCAUCAGUACCUCGGGAUGAAGUCAGGAAGGGUAUGCUUGUAGUUCUUACUGUACAAUGUAUAUCUGUUGGGAGAGGGCUGCCUUGUCCUAACCUGAGUGAUGACAUUCCUUAUUGACAAAACCAAACUAUUCAAUUUGUAUUGCCUGUUGUCAUCUUGUAUAUACAAGCUAUUAAAUUUUUAGAUCAUUCUC